AUGACUCAGGACGGGAAGUCUCAGAAGCGUCAGUCUAUCGACAAAGAGCACAAAGUGAAGAAGGAGCCCGAGAUUGUACUCUCAGACUCCUCGUCCGACUCAGAAGAAGAGGAAGACUCCAAUGAUCGUCGCCAGGACCAGGGAACCGACUUGCCUGCCGAAUAUUGGCAAAUACAGAAACUCGUCAAAUAUCUGAAAUGGGGCAACCAAACGGCCACGGUCAUUGCUUUGUGUGCGAUGCUGGACUUUAACCUCUCUUCUGAAACCUGUCAAAUCGCCAUCCGUGAAGUCGGUGGUUUGGAAGUGUUAAUUAACUUGCUGGACACGGAUGAAGUGAAAUGCAAAAUCGGUGCGCUCAAGAUUUUGAAGCAGAUCUCGAUGAACGCGAGCAUCCGCCGCUCCAUCGCUGAUUUGGGCGGCCUGCAGACCAUGGUCGCCAUUCUCGACAAUCCAAACAACAAUCAACUAAGAUGCCUCGCUGCUGAAACUAUCGCAAAUGUUGCCAGAUUUAAGAGAUCUAGGAGAACCGUCAGACAAUAUGGCGGUAUUGAAAAGCUUGUAUCCCUUCUCAAAGGCGCUAAGGGACAAGAAGCCGACCGAAACUUGGCCAGAUCCGGCGCCCUCGCUCUUUGGAGUUGCAGUAAAAGUAACAAGAACAAAGCAGCGAUUAUGAAAGCCGGCGCCAUCCCACUUUUGGCGAAUCUGUUGAAGAUCGAAGGCGAAGAUAAAUUCUCCACCCUCGUGCCCGUUGUUGGAACCCUUCAGGAGUGCGCAAGCGAGCCCGCGUACAGAGCCGCUAUUCGAAAAUCCGGCAUGGUCCAGGACUUAGUUACAAACCUCAACUGCGACAAUCAAGAGCUUCAGAUGCACUGCGCUUCUGCGAUUUUCAAAUGCGCCGAAGACGAAGAUACGCGUCAGAUGGUCGCCACAUACAAAGGAAUCGAACCUUUAGUCAAUCUAUUGCAGAGCGUGGACAAUCAGCCACUCCUUGCUGCCGCCACUGGCGCCAUUUGGAAAUGCGCUGUAUCACCCAAAAAUGUUAAAGCUUUCCAGGAACUGAAAACAGUCGAGCAACUUGUAAGCUUGUUGGAGAACCAGCCGGAAGAAGUCCUCGUCAACGUUGUUGGUGCUCUCGCUGAAUGCGCUCAGGUCCCUGCUAUCCGGACAACCAUCCGAAAGUCAGGUGGAAUCCCCCCACUCGUUGACCUUCUCACUGGAACGAAUCAACUCCUCCUCGUUAACGUCACCAAGGCUGUCGGAGCUUGCGCACUCGAAAAAGAAAGCAUGGAACAGAUCGACAAGAAAGACGGUGUUCGACUUCUCUGGUCUCUUCUCAAGAACACGAACCCCGAAGUACAGGCUUCUGCGGCUUGGGCGAUCUGCCCCUGCAUCGAAAACGCACGAGACGCUGGUGAAAUGGUCAGAAGUUUUGUUGGCGGUCUCGAGCUUAUUGUUUCACUUCUCAAGUCUGAACAAACAGAAGUGCUCAGCUCUGUUUGCGCUGCUAUCGCCAACAUUGCCAGAGACGAAGAAAACUUGGCCGUCAUUACCGACCACGGAGUCGUUCCUACCCUCGCUCAACUGACCAAUACUCAAAACGAUCGCCUCCGACGACAUCUCGCCGAGGCCAUCGCUCGAUGCUGCGCUUGGGGCAACAACAGAACUGCCUUCGGACGAGAGGGUGCCGUCGCUCCACUUGUCAAGUAUCUUCAAAGUGAAAAUCCUCUGGUGCACCAGGCUACUGCUCAAGCUUUGCAUCAGCUCUCUGAGGAUCCCGACAACUGCCAGACUAUGCACAUGGUCGGCGUUGUAAACCUUCUAAUGAAAAUGGUUGGCAGCUCAGACGAAAUCCUGCAAGAAGCCGCAGCUGGCUGCAUCAUGAACAUCCGCCACUUAGCACAAGCAAACGAGAAGAAGAAAAACUUCUAA